UCUACCGGUUCCGCAGUACCAUUCCUUUUACUGUUUGUGUAACCCUUCGUCGUCAUCCCGAAGCAGCAGCAAUGUCAACGAAAGCCGUUCCACCCGCGUCGGGUCCUCCGUCAUCCCCGUCGCAGUUGCCGCCAACUCCCGCUCCGGUCGUCGUGUUGCGUUCCGCGAAGGUGUCCUCGGCGGUCGUUGUUGAACAUCCGGCAACGGCGGGAUCUCCGGCUGUAGUUCGGUUGCUCCACAAGGACUCGGACAAUAGCCGAGCCAGUGCGUCUACGCUGAAGAACCUUUCCAGCGAUCUGAGCGAACUGCUCGUGAAGAAUCUCAGCUUGAAGCGGAACAGUGAAUCAUUCUGCACAUUGGAAGACCCCUCGGUGCUGACCAACGAAUCGGGCGGCGGUGGCAGCGAAGGCCACAAUAGUGAUAGUCUAGGAUUAAUCACCCGAAGCAAGCAGCCGAACCGCAACUCGCUGUGUGAUACGUUCAGUUCGGUGAACAAGCUGAUUAAGCUGAAACGUGUAUCGAGUGAUAGCAGUAGCAUUAGUGGUUAUACGAAGAUUUAUCAUCCGGGUGUGGGAGGCGAUUCGACCCUACAGCAUAGCAUCAAUCCGCCUCCGCAGGCCAAGUUCAAACGUGUCGAAGUUAGUGUGCAAAAAUUACCUAGCGAAUCAAUAGCCCCCAGGAAGGGCAUCAUAGUGAAUCAGUUCGAACAAUUAGUGUCUCCGUCUGGCGAGAGUGAAAGUGUGCCUCUUUUGGUGAAGAAGAAAUCUUCCUCUGAAACGGAAGUUAGUGGUGGGGAAGAAGCUCUGGGGGGAGGGUCAAAAGUAUCGAGUUGUGCGAACAGUGCGGGUGUUAAAUUUCGCCGAAGGAUUCAGAGUCCAGCGGUGGCGGCGAGUGGGCCGUCGUUAAGGUCCGGAAGGGUCGUUGGAUCCAUCCUGGAGUCGGUGGAAGAAGAACGUUACAAGAGAAGAAGUUUGCAGUGGCCGUUGGGUUUGGGACCGGGUGGUUGGGGAAGUGAGGUGGUGUCGGAAACGGGCGAGGAGUCAACAACGGUUAUCGACAAGGAGGUUCAGCAGCCAGUGGAAGACGGGGGUGUAGGGGAGGAACGGAGGAGGAAGACCCAUUUUCGGCACUCGUGGAACGCUCCGGGCUACGAUUUGCUGCUGGAGGAGGACCGGAGCGGGGAUUCGAAGAAGGACUUUGCAUCGAUCGUGCACAACCUGGCUGGUUUACGGAGCGCUCUCGCCAAUGGCGGUUCCCACGAGUCCGCAUCGCUACUGGAGCCACAUUCGCCGCAGUUCAGUGGCCCCCGACCGUUGGUCGUAUCGGGAGGUGUUGGAGGAGCAGGAAACAUUCAGGCGAAUCGCCGGUCCCCAGUUGGCUGUAAUCCAUCCUCACCGGUAGUGCCAUCGAUGGCCACCGACGGAAGUCAUCCCGUUUCGAUGGGGGCUCAGGUGCCACGGAAACGUAGACUGGAAGCAUUUCUCAAAAGCCUCGUAGGGAGAAGGCCAUCGAAGGAACCCCCACCAGCACCGCCCCCUCCACCUGCUGCUCCUCAAUCGAUAGCAACCAAUGUGCCGCUACUGUCCUCGCCAGAGAUUAAGAUCAGCAAGAGCCCCUCCGAGCAUAACCUGGUCGAGAUGACGCGAAGUCGACUUAACAUUUCAACGACUUCGCUCAGCUCCGUUCACCAGAAGCUGUGGUCGGUGGUUCCUCUGCUGAAGAAGGAUGUCAGCUGCACCAGUUUGGCACCACCGAAAUCCGUGCCUCUGCUAGGGUCACAACCCAAGGGCGGCCUGCGGAAGUGCGAAACAGUCCUCGCUUUGACCAAUUCCGGCCAAUCGGUCGAACCCAUCAAACCGCAAAAUCGAUUGCGCAAUUGUGCUUCGGUGGCCACGUGCUCCCGUUGUUCUAGUCUCCUAUCUCUCGCAGCAGCUGGAUCGCGCUAUUCCCUCAACCUAUCCAACGGUGGCUUUGUGGCCGUUGGUGGCGCUGGAACAAACUCACAACUAGGUGGCGGUGCUACCGAAACCGUUAAAAACGUAGACAGCCUACUGCGACUGACAAAGACCUCGUCGGGACCAUCGUCGUCCUCUUCCUCCUCUCCAUCGCCUAGCGGUGCUUCCUCGUGCUCCUCGUCGCCUUCGGGAUCAUCCUCCUCGUCGAACAGCAGCAGUCGGGUUUCGGUAACGUCGCGGGCGGCCAUGCUGGUGGCACCUCCGAGUCCUACGAUUGUGACCGCCACCAGUGGGGUGCCAGCGCUGACGCCGACUGUCAAGUUUACCUGUAAGCUGUGCCUCGGCGAAUACAGCGCCGAGAAUCUCACCCGGAUAUCGCAGUGCGGCUGCUCGUUCUGUACGGAGGUAAGUGAAGUAAUGCUAAGAUUUUCGGGGUAUUUUUGAAAUGUGUGGAUAGGAGAAGAUAGGGCUUCUUCUAUGUUCUAGUUACAAUGCAUCUUUCUUGUCUAGAAUCGAUGAAGACCAGAUCAAUCAGUGAAGAGGAACAAUA